AUGCCGACCGGCCAGAGGGCGUCGUUCCUUGACGGCGGCGAGCAGGCGAAUGCGGUCCGCCCUGCUCGCGGAGGAGGGUGGCUGGGCCAUCGCCUGAGGCAGAGCUCUGCCAGCCGCCCGUCUGCAACCAGCAGCGGCCGGCCCCGGCUGGACUCGCUGCGGGCACGCCGGGAUCCCUCGUCUCAGUUUGCCUCGCGCAGCGCCUCGCUGUCUGCGCAGCGAGCCCAGCAGCAGCGGUCCAAGGAGCGCUACCACUUUUCGCAGGUGUACGAGUCCCGGCCGCGCUUCCCUGAGGAGCCGUUCGCGUCGUCUCUGCAGGGCCUCGAGAUCGAUUCUCGCUGGGCGCGGCUUCACCACGCGCUCCUGCCGCUCUUAGUCUUCUACCACAUCCCUCUGACCCUCUUCCUCGACUUCCACGCGCUCUUCGCGCUGGUCGAGGUGGCGGUCCAUCCGGACAGCGGGCAGGCCGGCGCCACAACGGCCUGGUGGGUCGCCGUCGGCAUCUACGCCGCAUCCUUGGCGCUUUGGUUCGUCGGCGUCGUCAUCAUCUACGAGGCGCUCUGGCAAUACGCGAGGCGCUGGUCGGUCGGACGACCUCUGGCGCUGCCCGUCUAUCUCUCUGCUCCCGCCCGAAACCUAACCUCGAUCCGGUCCUUCAGCCUCUUCUCGCUGCUGCAUAGCGCCAGGGUCAUGGCGGCGAGGCGCGACUUUGCCAUCGAGACCUUCUGGUUCUACUCUCAGAACUGGCCGACGGUCCUCACGCUGCUUCCGCGCGCCGCCCUCUGCGUGGUGCUGCUGGUCCUCUACCGCACAUCGGGACCACCGCUGGCCACCGAGGGCACGCGUGAGGCGACCAUCUUCAACGCCGCCACCGGCCGGCUGACGACCUACACCUUCGUCAUCCUGCUGGUCAAUGCGGCGUGGGCCGCAUGGCGUCUGGCCGUGCUGGUCGCGUCCUGGAUCGGCCUGCUGGUGAUGCUUGGCUGGAGGUCGGUCUCUGAGCGCAACAAGGACGGCUACAGCUUCGGCUCCCUCGCUGGACCAGAGCACAGGCGAGAGGGUAGCCGGCGCCACCUUUUCCAGGCGUCGGACCUCGAAGACGAGCGGGCCCACCCCAGCGACGCCGCCGACGCGAUCCACCAGCUGCCUCGAUGGGCCUGGAAGCUGAGGGCCGAGGAUCGCCUGCGGACGCUGCUGCUCGAUGCGAGUUCCGAUGCCGCCGGGGACCUGAGCGGCGACGGCGUUGGAUAUGGCGACGACCCGUACGCGACCCGGCCGAACAGCGAGAUGGUCGAGACCGCCCGCUGGUCCCGUCUCUACCCAGCCGACGACCAGCCCACCUCGAUGGCGCAGGUGAUGCGCGAGGGCGGCGCAGACGCCGAUCAUCAGAUGGCAGGGCACCGCGGGCAGACGGACCCACCGCCUGCUAUGGCUCCAGGGGGCGGCUCAGGCCUUCCUGUGCCGGCCCCCGCCAUCGCCUUUCCACAAGACAGCUUUGAUGACCGCGACCCUCUCGAUGACCGCCUCCCUGCCCGCGCGGCCGGCGGCGACGAUGCCAGCGAUCACUAUUCGCCCGUCCCGACGCCGAUCGGCCGGACCACGCGUUCAAGAGAGCAGCUGCGAUCCGACAGCCUCGGCAGGGCUGCAGCGUGGACCACGUUGCCAGCGACGGCGAGCGCAUCGAUGCCUGCCGGGGCCGACCUGGAUCUGCCAGAUCGCCACUAUGGCGAGGGCUCCAACGACGACUACGCGCUGUACCGGCCGACGCCGCCGACGUUUGAGCCGAUCACGCUGGCCUCGUCCGAGGACGCCUCGCCCGACGAGCCUUCGCCCUCGGACUCGCCGAUCCUCAGCGGGCGCAGGAGGAUCGUGUCGAUGCAGAGCUCGGACUUGCACAGCACCAACGCCGUCCUUUCGGACAUGAGCUCCCCCGUGGCCACACGCAGGCGAGCAUCGCGAGGCCAGAAGAGGCCGCGAAGCUCGCCCUCGGCCGAGGGUCACGAUCCUGAGGCAGGGGCGACGUCCGGAGCCGAAGCCAGUCAGAGGCAGGGCUCGGCCGAUGUCGAUGACGCUGCGGGCUCUGAAGUCGGGCACGGCGCUGUUCAGGGAGCCCAGGGGCCUCGCGGUCAGGAGCACGGCGACGUCGUCGUCAACCUGGUCGAGGUGCCGCUGACGCCGGCCGCCUUCAGCCGGGAUGCCGCGUCGAUCAUCCUGCGCCAGAGCCGGACCCGUUCGAAGGAUGCCGUCGCCGAUGGUGCGGAGUCGCAGGCGCCCGCCGAGAGUCGCAAGGGCAGCCAACGGGCUCCCCCUUCGCCGCGCAUGGACGCCCUGCUCGGACAGGACGACAAGGCGACGAGCUCCCCGUCCGGCUCGCACGGCUUCCACAAGCUGGACGGGUCUCCCAACCUCGACAACGGCUCCUUCAGUGACGUCAAGCACGGCAACAACGGCGGCUCAGUGUCGUCGACAAUGGGACUCGGCCUGAUGGGCCAGGGAUCCCUGCCGCGCAAAUGGCCGGCACGGCGGUGGAGCCUGACCGGCUCGCGACCGCAGUCUGGCGAGGGCGCGCCGUCGGCCGAAGCCUCGAGCGGGGCCGGAGCGGGCGGUUCCAAGACGUCUCCGCUCCCCUCGUUCGCGGGGCUCUUACCGUUUGGCGGCUCGCGCAACAGCUCGCGCAAGAAUGUGACGGCGCUUGACGGCGGCGCCUCGUCCGACGAGCUGCACGGCGUCGAUCCGGAACAGUCGAGACGAGCUGGUCGAGACUCGUGGCUGAGCGGCAAGGACGGCAGUCACCCUGGGUCUCGACAGAGCGGCGGCGGCGGCGACGGGUGGUGGACGACGCUGUUCGGCAGCACGAGCUCGAUUUCGCUCUCGAGGCGCACCGAGCUGGCGGCCGACGUCACCGUCGCCACGCCAGAAAAGGGAUCGCCGAGCCGGAGGCAGGAGCAGAUGGAUCCCCAGCCGUCGCCUCCGUCCGCAGCGGCACCGAGCUGGCACUCUACUCCCAAAGCGAGUCGGCCGACGCUCGGCGCCGAUCCCAUGCCCGCUUUGGCUGGUCAACCUUUGCCGGCGACGCCGAUGGCAAACGCAACGACCACGACGAUGGCGGAGGCGGACGCCGAUGCGCCUGCUGGUGCCGGUGCUGCGGCUCCUGCUCGAGCAGCCCUGAUGGCGCGGACGGGCUCGUCGGACAACAGCCGUGGCUCGCAGGACUCGACCAUGUCCGACGACUCCGAGGAAGGACGGCUGUGGGCCUCGUUCCCGGACCAGUCGCGGCGUCACCCGCCCGGGCUGAUUGCGCUGAGCAUCGAGCAGCAGAUUGCCGAGGCGCGCGCAGCCGCUGCGGCCUAUGCGUCGUCGUUGUCGCCGUCGUCGGCGGCCGAGGAUACAUCGACGUCGACGUCGACGCCGCGGCCCGUGUCGAUUGCGUCGCCUGCCCUUGCCACUCCCCCGCCAGCGGGCAGCUCGUCGCCGCACAUGGCCUCGCUGUCGAGCUCGCUGAGCGAGAUGCCGCUGAGCCCGUCGCUGGGCGGCCUGCACGCGAUCCGAGAGGAGAGCUGGUCGUCGUCGCUCGAGUCGGGCGCGGAUACGUCGGCGUCGGACGCGGGCGACGAGUCGCGCCCCAGCCUGCCGCGGCGUCGUGGCGUCCUGCACGAUGAGCCGCUCGAGCAUCUGACCAAUGGGCCGGAGAGAUCAGAGGCCGAGGUUGCCACCCCGAGGCACUGA